AUGACUGAAGACGCAGACGCCAUCACCACAGCACUCCCGCGCACAAUCAGCGGGAGUUUAGUCGACCACGUGAUGGAUCGGCACCUGAUCCCUUGGGCGCUGUAUGACUUGUCCGGAGCUCGAGCUCCGGACUCUCUCGAAACGAUGCAGGACUACUUCCGGCAUUUCCGUGGGUUGCGUGGAAAGAGUCUUGAUGGAAUCUCGUACGAGUCGCUCCAGCGGUCAUGGUGUGCGUUCAUCCGGCGGUGGAACCGGAUGCUUGAAGACUGA